CCACUGAAGCGAGGUGAUCCAGAGGCCUACAGUAAGUCCUGUCAUCAUAAAAUAUUCGUUCGCAAGUCAGGAUUGAGCAAUCCAUGUCCCCACUUCAAUGCCUGACUGGCUCGAAAGUUGAUGUCUGGGCUUGACUCCGUUCAUUCACAUUGAUUCAUUGUGGCAGAUCCUUCAGGCGGCGUGGAGAAACUCUAAAUAUAUAUACAUAUACAUAUCAACUGAUGUCCUGGGCGCGCGUUGCGCUGGUGCGUGCUAGUCGAGCAUCAGCCUGGACGGCUCUCGCUCCCGCCUGUCUGGCUGUGUCUGGGACGUGCCGGACGUGCCACUUUCAACGCCCUCUAGAGCUUCGAUCUCAAAGCUCGGCCCUCGUACGACAUGUGAACUCGGGGUCUUAUAGCCGUUCUCUUGCCUGCCGAAGGACGACAGUGCUCCACUUGAUCGAAAGAGGACAGCGUCAGUUUGCGUGGUGGUGGUGCUUGGGCAGACAGCCUUCACGCAGAGGCCUUCUGAGUUACCACGUAGGACCCGUCGAAGUCGCCAUUCUGCUCAAUCGGACCAUCGUGACCAUGGCUGGAGAUAAACCCAAUGUUGUUUUCGUUUUGGGUGGGCCUGGCGCCGGAAAAGGCACGCAAUGUGCCAAGAUCGUCGAUGCCUUCGGUUACCAACAUUUGUCUGCCGGUGAUCUAUUGCGCGAAGAGCGAUCUAAACCUGGCUCUGAAUUUGGCGAGCUCAUUGAAUCCCACAUCACCAAUGGCACCAUCGUGCCCGUAGAGAUCACUUGCUCGUUGCUGGAGCGAGCCAUGAUCACCUCCGAGGCCGUCAAUUUCCUGAUUGACGGCUUUCCCCGAAACCAAGACAAUCUCGAAGGCUGGAACAAGACCAUGAAAGACAAGGUAAACGUCAAGUUUGUCCUCUUCUUCAACUGCGACGAAGAGACCUGCGUCAAGCGAUGCUUGUCACGGGGAGCCGCCGGAUCUGGACGGAGCGACGACAAUGAAGAGUCGCUCAAGAAGAGGUGCAAUACCUAUGUCAAAGCCACUAUGCCCAUCAUCCAGCAUUUCAAAGAAAAGGACAUGGUCAAAGAGAUCGACGCCGGCCGAACUCCGGAUUUGGUCUUCAAUGAAGUGAAGGAGUACUUUGCGUGAGAGGACCUUCCUUUAUUCGAGAGUGUUUCGUUGUACUUCACGACCAGGCUGGUCACGUAGAGAGCACUUUUGUCCGCUUAGAAUGAGCUUAAGACUUGGUUGGCACUCCUUCAAAAACAAUUUCUGAGUAUUCAACCGGCUUCAAGAAACAGAUAUUCGCUAUUUUGUCUUCUCGGUUAUCAAAUAAAGCUAUAAUCUAGUUACACAAA